CCUCGACCAGAGCAUGGAGAGUCAGGAGAAGGCGAAUAGAGCGGGACGCAUGUUCGACGUAGUCGUGAUAGGAGGCGGCAUCUCAGGAUUAUCUGCCGCCAAACUCUUAGCAGAACAUGAAGUUAAUGUUUUGGUUUUAGAAGCCCGGGACAGAGUUGGAGGAAGAACAUACACAGUGAGGAACCAACAUGUUGAUUACGUAGACGUUGGCGGGGCUUAUGUGGGACCAACCCAGAACAGGAUCUUACGAUUAUCUAAGGAAUUGGGUUUAGAAACUUACAAAGUGAACGUAAAUGAGCGUCUUGUUCAAUAUGUCAAGGGGAGAACUUAUCCAUUUCGGGGUGCCUUCCCUCCAGUGUGGAACCCCAUUGCCUAUCUGGAUUACAACAAUCUGUGGAGGACAAUGGAUAACAUGGGAAAGGAGAUUCCAGCUGAUGCACCGUGGGAGGCACCACAUGCGGAGGAAUGGGAUAAGAUGACCAUGAAAGAUCUCAUCGAAAAAAUCUGCUGGACAAAGACUGCUAGGCAGUUUGCAUCUCUCUUUGUGAAUAUCAAUGUGACCUCUGAACCCCACGAGGUGUCUGCCCUGUGGUUCUUGUGGUAUGUGAAGCAGUGUGGAGGCACCACUCGGAUAUUCUCCAUUACCAAUGGGGGCCAGGAACGGAAGUUUGUAGGUGGAUCUGGUCAAGUAAGCGAGCGGAUAAUGCACCUCCUCGGGGACAGAGUGAAGCUGAGGUGUCCUGUCACCUCUGUUGACCAGUCAGGUGACAACAUCAUGAUAGAGACGUUGAAUCAUCAACUUUAUGAGUGCCGGUACGUAAUUAGUGCUGUCCCUCCAACUUUGACUGCCAAGAUACACUUCAGACCAGAGCUUCCUGCAGAGAGAAACCAGUUAAUUCAGCGUCUUCCAAUGGGGGCUAUCAUUAAGUGCAUGAUGUAUUACAAGGAGGCCUUUUGGAAGAAAAAGGAUUACUGUGGCUGUAUGAUCAUCGAAGAUGAGGAAGCUCCGAUUUCCAUAACCCUGGAUGACACCAAGCCAGAUGGAUCGCUGCCCGCCAUCAUGGGCUUCAUCCUUGCUCGAAAAGCUGACCGCCUUGCUAAAGUCCAUAAAGAACUAAGGAAGAGGAAAAUCUGUGAGCUGUACGCCAAAGUGCUAGGAUCCCAAGAAGCUUUACAACCAGUGCACUAUGAAGAGAAGAACUGGUGUGAAGAGCAGUACUCCGGGGGCUGCUACACUGCCUACUUCCCCCCGGGGAUCAUGACUCAGUACGGAAGGGUGAUCCGCCAGCCCGCGGGCAGGAUUUACUUUGCUGGCACGGAGACGGCCACACAGUGGAGCGGUUACAUGGAAGGAGCAGUAGAGGCUGGAGAACGGGCAGCUAGAGAGGUCUUGAAUGCUUUGGGGAAGGUGGCAAAGAAAGACAUAUGGGUCCAAGAACCUGAAUCAGAGGAUGUUCCAGCUGUAGAAAUCACCUACACUUUCUGGGAGAGGAACCUGCCUUCCGUGACAGGCCUACUGAAGAUCAUCGGAUUUUCCACAUCGAUAACUGCCCUGUGGUUUGCGGUGUGCAAAUUCAGGCUGCUGACCCGAUGCUGAAGUUUCAGCUUCAUGCUUUCUGCUUACUCUUUCCCAGCAUCAUCAAAAGCAAAAUGUUGACAAAUUGAAAGGCUGUGUCAUCGGAUCAUCUUUAAGUGCACUGAUUUAACCCCUCAGUUUAAUCUCAGUGUAUCACCUCCUUAAUUUCUGUAAGAUCAAACUCCAUCUCGUGAUUUGUCUGUAGAUCAGCUCAUAUUGAUUGGUAGAAAAGAACCUUGUGAUCAGUUUCUUAAUUUCAAGACGUUAAAGUUGACAUGCUCAUAAGAAA